AUGCAACCACCGGACGUGGGGCUACCCGACGCUGACAGCCCUGACCCUAUCGAGGCGGAAGCACCGAGGAAUCCGGGCCCCCGCAGACACCCGAAGAAACGAACCAAAACUGGUUGUUUAACCUGUAGGAAACGUCGUAUUAAAUGCGGCGAAGAGAAGCCAAUAUGUAGCAACUGCGUCAAAUCCAAGCGGAUUUGUGAGGGCUACGCCCAAAGAGUGAUCUUCAAGAAUCCCAUGGGCAUCUUCGGCGCCUAUGGCCCUCCUCACAGCAGCCAAGAUCUCCAGAUGCAGCAGCAGAUGCGAGUCCCCAUAUUCAAUGACUAUCCUUUACCUGCUCAACAGGCUGCGGCAGCUGCCCAACAUCCCAUGCUGGCGCCACGGCCCGUGGAUGUGACAGCCACAGGUUAUCAAGCUAUGCAGCCAUCUGAGACAUCCCCACCAGAGCGGGCACCACCUGCCACUGCACCGCAGUUCUAUUAUCCCACGCCACCAGUACAGCUACCCCCUCAAUCAUGGCCAGUACAGACUGCAGAGGAAAAUCGGCGGGCCUCUGAACCUCAAGAACCGACGGACUAUUCACAUACACAGUCCCAGCCCCAGUCCCAGUCCCAGCUCCAGCCCCAGCCUCAGUCUCAGCCUCAGUCUCAGCCUCAGUCGCGAUCGCAGUCACUGUCGGAGUCGGAGUCGCAUCCUAUUAAUUUAACAGAAAACUACGACCAUUACGAUGAACAAAAACUCCCAGCCCAGUAUUUACAGCCAACCGCCAACUGGCAGAAUUUCCCAACAUCCCAAGAUUACGCCGCCCAGUAUGCAUCUCAGCUGGCUAGCGAAUCGGCAGUGAACAAGAGUAAUGAAAACCCAUUAUUCCCAUUGCCCAUCCAGCAAUCGGCUUCUAGAUAUCAGUAUCAGUAUCCGCAGCAGCAGCAGCCGGGACAAGCGGCUUCGCAGCUCACUACGGCGGAGCCAUUCAUUCCUGCCUCUCAACCACAGGUAACCUAUGUGGAAGAUGAAGAGGAAGAUUACUACGAUGUAGAUUCCGACGACGAAAUGGCGGAUCAGAUACAGAGCGAAGGCUUCAAUCAACUGAGUCUCAUCAUGGCCUCUGCAAAUAAUGAUAGCCAGCUUCGUUCUUUCACCAGUCACCUCAACGAGCCGAAUAUUCUUGCUAAUUAUCGCCCCUCGCUCGGAUCAUCCCCACUGAAUAAUCCCAAGACGGCCCGUAUCUUUGCGCACUUCAUCCACUCAACCGGGCCAUGUCUAUCUAUAUUUGAGCGGCAUGCGACCGACUCGUCGAUUGUUUUGGGAGUACAGGUUCCCCUUGCCCAACAGGGUCUUUGGACAUAUACCCUCCCCCUCAAGGCCUUGGAGCAUCCUGCGCUACUCCAAGCUAUUCUCGCGAUCAGCAGUUUGCACAUCGCGUAUCUCCAAGGAGUACCCUCGACCGUCUCUUUGAAGCACUACCAUUAUGCAUUGAAACGAAUUGGUCGUGCGGUUAGUCUCCCAAUGCGGCGCAAGCAAAUCGGCACCUUGGCUGCCACGCAGCUGCUUGCGUACUAUGAAGUUAUAUCAGCCGAUCACUCUAAAUGGAAUAGUCACGUUGCGGGCGCUGCUCAACUAGUUAAAGAAAUCGACUUUGCAGGUACAACUCGAGAUCUCCGAUCAUACAGACGUCAAAUCAGUGAGCAACGGCAGCAUAUGAGGUGGUCAACCCCGCAGAUGUAUCCUUUUGACUUCGAUAACGACGGAUCUGAGGAUGAUCCCUUUGCCGAGAAAGAAUCCUCCGUCGACCAAGCAUUCUUAAGUUCCAUCCUAGGCCGGGCGGUUAAUUACGACGAAUUUGGCUGUGUCGAAAAUGAACAGGCCCAAUCUCCCAAGAAGUUCUUUUCGCGCAAAGAUAUCGAAAACUUCCGGCUCCAGUGCGACCUAUAUUGGUGGUUCACCAAACAAGAUCUCAUGCACAGUCUAGUCAGUGGCGAGAAAUUAUUCAUGCCCUUUUAUUUGAAAAGCCAAUGUCCACCCCGCGCUGGCAUCGGCCGGUUAGACGCCAUUUAUGGAUCGGCCGAUCACCUUUGGCUUCUGCUUUCGCGCAUCACGGACUUUGGUUAUCGAGAUCGAAAACGAAAGUUGAAGGCACUUCGUGUUGCUGGUACGGAAUGGAGACCGGGUCCUGGGAUGUUCAAAUUUAUGGGCCGUUUUGCUGGUGGUGGUCCAAACAAAAGACCCGGCCCUCCUGGAAGACCCCCAGGACCCCCAGGGCCCCCUGGGCCUCCCUCAUCUACGUCUUCAUUUUCGAACACUGGUCCUGGCUCCGGCUCCGGCUCUGCAUCCGAGUCACCUCCGGAGUCUUUACAAAGGGGACCUCCACCCCAGCCAGCUGCGCCAGAAGGUCUUCCUAUGUAUGGCAUGAUACCACCCAGACCUCCGACUCGUCUGCCAGCUGGCUUCGUAGACGGCCGGCAAGAGCGACGCGAAUCGUCAGAAGAGGCAGAUGAGCAUGAAAUGUCGAGUCAAAGGGCGGUCGAAGAGAAAUAUAAUGAAGCGGAGCAGGAAUGGGAGGAUAUCUUGACAGCACUCGACACCUUCGCCCGAGGACUCGGACGAGAUUACCAGCCGCUACCAGCCGACGUAACACCCUCGAUCUCGACCCCAUUCGGCACUGCCUUGCAAUACCGUACGCACACGAUCGCGGUGAUAUGGGGAUUUUACUACACGGGUCGCAUCUUGCUGCAGCGACUUCACCCAUCGAUGCCACCGGCCAUGAUGAUGGCUGCCGGGGUGGCUGCACCAACGACAGCAGAAUAUGCACAGAUUAUCGGCCGGAUCACAGCAGGCAUCUACUACCCGCAGCGAUACAACCUGCAGGCUGGCAGCCUGAGCCCCACCCUUGGGUCCUCCCUUACAGAGAUGACAGUGCCGAUCUUUUUCGCGGCGGUGCAGUAUACCGAUUCGACACAGCGUGGCUGGACGAUAGCCAAGCUCCGCGACAUCUCUCGACUAACGGGAUGGAAAACCUCGGACGCUAUCGCCAGUGGCUGUGAGAAGUCAUGGAUUGUGGCGGCCAAACAUGGGCGCGGUCCGCCGUAUCAGCGAUCCUUUGAGACAUAUCGGGAUCGGGAUUCCCAAGAUGUACUUUCUCGAGACUUGGGGGCGCAGCAGAGUGAUGAGCGACGAUUUGUGACAGUGGAACCGACUGAUCGGGCAUAUCGGGCUAUGGGGCUGCUUAGUUUAGAGGAGGACAUGCAAAGUCUGGAAGUUCUUUUCAUCAGCCACACUGUAGUCUGUGUCCUCGGUGUCCAUCUUGCACUUGCACUUUUGCCUCCUUUCACACCUUUCUGUCCCUCGUCCCUCGACUCGCCCCGUGGUUCCCAGUUCCCAGUUCCCCCCUUUCCCCCCACCUUCGGCCCGCCAAAGUCAGCCGCCCUCGUCAUCCACGAUAUGUCGUCGCGCUACGAUGAUUACCGUUCUUCGACAGGCACUCUAGACUCUCGCGAUCGUCACGACCGCUACUCGCGCGGUCCGCCUGUUGCUGAGCGAGAGCGCUCUCGAGAGCGAUCUCGCUUCCGCGAAGAAGACCGCUUUGAAUCCCGUCUCCGUGAAGAUGACCGAUAUGGCCCCCCGGCGCGCGCAGCAGGUCGAUAUUACGAGGAUGAGCACCUGUCCCAUCCUUCUGCUUCUGGCCCCUUAGUGGCGCCUGACCGUCGCCGUCGUCGUGAUGAGAGCCCCUCAUUCACUAAGCCCCGUCUACUUAGGCGCCAGUCGUCCCUCGAUACCUUUGAUCGCAUCCCUCGCCGCAAGAUGGAAGCUUUUGAUCGUGCUCCUCCCCGCAUGCCCCCACCUCCGGCACAUCGCCCUUCACCCGGGCGAUAUCGUGAACGUGAGGUCUAUGAGGACAUCCGCAUCGCCGAACCGGACUACUACGGUGACGAAGAGUUUCGAGAAUUCGAUGAUAGAGAGAGAAUGAUGAUGGAUCGCCGUCAUCGACGUUCGAGCAGUGGUGCUCGUCACCGUCAUGAAGAGAAGCCAUACCCACGCAAAGGCAAGACCCGCAUUCCUCGGAAAUGGGUGCAUGUCCACGCUAUCUUGGAUCUGGGUUACCCAUUCAAGGAGGAGGACGAGACCAUCAUUAUUCAGAAAGCAUUGUCUAAGGAGCAAAUCGACGAAGUGAUCAGUCUCAGCAAAUCCUUCCGCCGUCCAGCCCACACAGAAACUGAAUAUCUCCGUAUCCCUCGAUCCCCGGUUCGACAACUGCCGCCGGAGCGUGUCACCACCGAGUAUCUCGAGGUCGACAGUCACACCACUCGUUCUCAUCACCACUCGCCCCGCUCGAGCCAUGACGCCUUCAUCGUCGAAGCCUCGCCAUCGCGCCGCGAGGAUAUAGAGUACGAAGAAAUCGUCGAGCGACCCCGGCCUCGACCUCGCGCUGUCUCUCGGCCCCGAUCUAUUUCCGUGCAUGGACGCCGUCGAGCGGUGUCUUCAGUACAGUUGGUUGAACCUCGAGGUCACUUUGAGGAACGAAUCGAGUCUCGACCACACUCUGGUCAGAUGAUGGUUGUCCGUCCUCGGGAUGGUGAUUACGAAGUCGACUCAUAUAUUCGUGAGCUAGAAGAAGAAACGAGAUUGUUGCGACUCGAGCGCCAGGGUGGUAUUGAGAUCACGCGACAACGUGAAACUGAUACCAUUGACAACAGAGGCAACGCGGAGGAGAAGAUUGAGGUUAACAGAUCCGAGCGUAAAGAACCCAAUUCUCGGGUGAUGCGCGCUAUGUUUGCUACUCUGACAUGA